AGUUGUGGGGCAUUUAGGGUAUUAAAGUCUCACACUCUCUCUUAUAAGGACGAAGAACAUUAUAUUAGGGUUUUAGACCAAACGGAGGAGGCUCUUUAUUGGCGCUAGGGUUUUUCCGAUCUCUAUCAGACCAGGGACGCUCAAGAAAGUGGUUCUUCUUUCCUGGAGAGGAUGUCGGCCGGAGAGCUCGCUUGCACUUAUGCUGCUCUUAUUCUCCACGACGAUGGUAUCCCCAUCACGGCAGAGAAGAUUGCUACAGUAGUCAAAUCUGCAAAUGUCUCCGUUGAAUCAUACUGGCCUAGUCUAUUUGCCAAGCUUUUGGAGAAGAGGAGUGUUGAGGAUCUUAUUUUAAGUGUUGGUUCUGGUGGUGGUGGUGCAGCUGUGGCAGUUGCAGCCCCUGCUGCUGGAGCUGCUGCCGCUGGUGGUGGUGCUCCGGCUCCUGCUGUUGAAGAAAAGAAGGAGGAGCCAAAAGAAGAGAGCGACGAUGACAUGGGCUUCAGCUUGUUCGACUAGUUUCGUUCUUUUUGCUUUUUGUUUCAUUUCUUGGGUUCCAAGUUAAUUGUAGUAGGUGUUCAUUUUAUUUUGUUUAAAGGUUCUUUUUGUUUCUUUUUUGUGGGUUUGGUUACUCGUUGCGGAGAAUGUAAGAGAGAACCAAUCCCAGUUUGAACUCUGCCGAUUGAGGAAGCAACAUGGAUGGAAAUCGUGGACUCUCAA